AUGGCUUGGUUCAGAGGCCUGACAUGGACCAUCACACUGGUUUCAGUGCUACUGAAUCUCUACAUUUACACAUAUCCAAGUUUCAUCCCUGAGAGAUGUUCUUGGAAUCAUAGUUAUGAAAAUGGCAAUGAUCUACUUGGUGAACGCGUCAAAAAUAUACCGUAUUUCGGUGAUCUUUACAAAACACUGUUCAUCAAAGAGUCGAGCGAGAAACUUCCCCAGCCCCGUGAUAUACGGAUGAUGGCAUUUGGCGAUCCGCAGAUCAACGGCAAUUGGCCCUCCACUCCUUAUAUCAAGAGGUUGGACAAUUUUGGCAACGAUUACUACCUUGGUCAUAUUUAUAGAGUGAUGAAAAACAGGUUGCACCCCACUCACGUUGUUGGAUUGGGAGACCUCUUUUCGUCUCAGUGGAUCGCUGAUUCAGAAUUUUACAACAGAACUAGGAGGUAUAUGACACGUCUUUUCCCAAGACCAGAAGAACAGACCUUUGCUGAGCUCGAUUUUAUAGCUGAGCAUAAGGAUGUGGACUGGGUGAGCCAUCUGGAAUGGUUCCAGAAAAGCCUUGAGGACGGUUUAUUUUUGAAGCCGGAAUUCUAUCAUUAUGAAAAUGUUUACGACUGGUCCUCUGCCAAUCUGACUAAUGAGCCACUAUUCAUCAACGUCUCCGGCAAUCAUGACAUUGGAUACGGAGACACGACUUACCAGCAUAUGGCUAGAUGGAGAAGACUCUUUGGCAAGGACAAUUACUGGAUAGAAUUUGAUAACGAUACAGAUCAUCCUUGGCGAAUAGUUGUGCUCAACUCACUUGCCCUGGACGGGCCUCUUUUGCAACCGGAGUUUAAGGACUACACAUGGCAAUUUGUUGAAACUUUGAAGCAAAGAAGUUAUAAUGGCUCGUCUAUUUUGCUCACUCACAUUCCAAUGUACAAGCCUGAGGGUCUUUGCGUGGAUGGCCCAUUGGUGGAGUAUUUCAACGAAGACAACUGCCACGCUGGCGGAGAAUACAGAAUUGGACUUUUGAAAUCCGAAAAUCAUCUGCAAUACGACACUUCUCAGGCUGUGAUGAAUGCAGUGUUCCAGGGGAACUACUCUGGCAUCAUUGUAACCGGGCAUGACCAUGAAGGAUGUGAGAACUUCUAUAAUUAUAACUUCACUUCAGGAGAAUGGCAAGCCUCCAAGAGCAUAGAUUCCCCGAAGUACAUAAAAGAGGCUACAGUCAGAUCGAUGAUGGGUGAUUUUGAUGGAAAUACUGGACUCAUUACGGGGCAUUUCAACCAGGAGACCAAAACCUGGGAAUUCAACUACAAAUUGUGUCCCUUUGUUGUCCAGCAUGUCUGGUGGGCUGCGCAAAUUAGCAUUGUGCUUAGCAUUUUGUUCCACUCUAUAAACUUCUUGCUCUAA